AAUAUUUAUAAAACUCUUUUUAAAUACGAAUAAUACAAAAAGAAAUUAUUGUUGCACUUUAUGGAUUAGGCUUAUUAGGGAUAGCAAAACAAUCCUUAUUAUUAAUAAUAUAGUGGAUAAAGACAAUAGUAGUAAGGAUAAGUUUAUCAAAACUAACAAUUCUAGGGUUAAUAACUAUAAUACAGUAAUAAAGCUUAGAAUUUUCAAUAAUAAAAUAUGAAUGCUGCUAUGAAUCAAUAUGAAAAUUAUCACCCUUCAUAGCAACCUCAAAUAGAAGAAGAAUCUUAUGAUUCUUCAAAUGUAAAUAAUUAUACAGGAGAUUAGUAUUAAGCCUAAUAGCAAAAGGAAUAUUAAUAAGCACAGAUUUAGAAUUAUUAUAAAAAUUCGAAUUAGAUGUAGCAAUAGCAUUAAAAUUUUUUUUAGGAUGAGCAUACAGAUGGCUACUUUGAUUAAAGCAACAACCCCUCAGGUUAAUUUUAUAAUCAAACAUAAAUGAAUUAGUAAAAUUAAAUGAAUCCGAUUUCAAAUAAUAAACAAAACUAAAUUUACUACAAUGACAUGUACUCAGAUGGAAAUAAACGAGAUGAUAUUGUAUCUCCAGACGAUUCCCUUGCUUCUGAUAUAAAUGAUAAUUAGCCAUUCGAGGGCUAUGAAGAUUUGCAAAAAGAUUUCAAAGAGGAUAGAGUAAAUGAAGCUUUGGAUGUUUGCGAAUAAAUGAUCAUUAAUCAACAAAAAGUUAGAGGGCCUGCUUCCUUUAUGAGACUCUUUUAGCAAAUAUUAAAGUUUUUGAAUAAUGAAGCUGUUAACAGCUUGAAUUAAAACUAAUUUGAAAAGUCUCUAUUCAUUUUAAUUAAAAGUAAAGAGUUAACAGAGCUCAGUAUUAUCAAAAAUCCCCCUUCAAUUCGUGCUUUAACAUUUAAUAAUUUUGGAUGUUACUAUCGAAGACUUUAACAGCUACCAAAAGCUCUAGGCUAUUUAGAAUAAGCCCUACGAUUCUUAAACUCUAUUAAAUCUAGGGAUUAUCUAGGUAUGACAUAUCUUAACAUAUCAGCUGUACUUUCACAGAUGAAUGAACAUUAUGCUUCAUUAGAAAACGCCAAAAAAGCAGUAAUUGAAAUUCAUAAGGAUUACUAAAACUAUUUAAAUAGAAAGAAUUAUCAAGAAGCCAUAAAAGACUAAGAAUUUGUAGAUAUUUGCCAAGCUCUUGCAAUUGCUUUUUACAAUGUAGGAGUAGAAUAAGAAUUUUUCUAAAACUUCGAAGUCAGUUUGAUAAAUUAUGGUAAGGCUUGUGAAGUAUGCGAAGAUAAUUUAGGAUCUAAUCAUAGAUUAACUCGUCGCUUUAAAGAGCUAUUUUAAAAAUUUAAUGAAAAAUUAGUUAAAUCAGAGAAAAAGUCAGCUUUAGUGCCAAAAAAUCACAGGAAACUUAUAAGACCUUCAUCAUCUCAAAAAAAUAUGCUAGCAAAGAAUAGAAGCUUUCAAAACGUAUCUUCGUAUAGCAAUGAGAAUAAUGGAGGAGAAAAAGAUUAAAAGAAUACUUAAUUUAUUCAAAGUAAAGUUAAUCCUUAUAGGCUUUCUUAUGGGGUUAAGCCUACAGACUUUACUCAACAUGGCAAAAUUGUUUAUUACAAAAAUACCAAUAAUUCCUAAUAAUAAACAAGAACGUCUUCAGCAAAUAAAAUAAAUGCUUCUAAAAUGAGUAGGCCAAACAGCUCUAAAAGCAUCUAUCCUGAAAUUAAAUAAAAUUUUCAUCAAAUUAGCCGUCCUUUGAGUGCAAAAUUUUAAAACACACCAAAUGGUGGAUUCUUUGCUAAUUCUUUAACUCCAAAAAUUAAUUCAUAAUCAGGGGGUCUUAGUAGACCAUUUUCAGCUCAAACUACUAAAAGCAAUUAGAUUGCUUUCAGCUAAAAUAAGGCUCCAGUUAAAUCAAAUUUAAGCAGGCCUUAAAAUAAAAAUAAAAAAUAAACUAGAGAUUCUUCUAAAGACAAAGAAGAUGGUAAUUAGAAUAUUUAUGAUUGGGUUGACUCUCCCACAAACUCUAGUGCUUCAGGAGGAACAAACAAAAAAGUUUUAGAUAACUAAAAAGACUUCUUAAAAAGUAUAAAGAGUGAAGCUGAAACAUAAAUUCAGAAAUUAUAGUAAGAGGAGGCAGAAUUGAAAGAGCGUAUUUAAAAGCUAAAGUAAGAUGAAGAGGAAGAAUCAAAAUAGAGAUAGCAAAGACUUUAAGAACAGAAAAAAAAAGAAGAAGAAGAUGCAGCUAGAAUAAAAUAAAAUUUAAUUCUUGAAGAAGAAACAGAGAAAAAGAGGAUAGAAGAGUUAUAAAAUAAAAAGAAAAAAGAGUAAUAAGAAUUAGAAAGGAUAUAAAAUGAAUAUAAAAAGUAAAAAGAGGAAGAGUUAGAAAGAAUAGCCAAGCUAAAAGAAAUUAAGAAGUAAUAAGAGGAAGAAAUUGAAAAACUGAGAUUGCAAAGAGCUAGAGAAGAAGAAGAAAAAUAAAAAAAGCUUUAAGAGCUUGAAAAUAUUAAGAAUGAAGAAGAAAACAGGUUGAAAAAAUUAAAAGAGAGCAUAGGUAAUGAGGAUACUAAUAAAACUAACCUUAAUAAUAAUUAAAAUGCUAAAUUUGAGGAGGAAGAAAGAAUUAAGAGAGAAAAAGAAGAAAUACUCAAAAAAUUACAGUUAGAAAAAGCAGAAAAAGAAAGGCUCUAAUAAGAGUAUGAAAAAGUCAAAAAGGAGUAAGAAGAAUAAAAAAGAAUAGUUAAUGAAAAUUUGCUGCUCAAGUAAGAGAAAGAUAAAUUACUUGAAGAAAUUUAGAAACUUUAAAAUUAAAAGUAGUUUUAAGUUUAAAAGACAAACUAAUAAACAAUUAUUUCUAAUGACUAAGAAAAUCAAUUUAAUAAGAAUUAAGAUAAUUCACAUUAGGAUUAAUUAGAUUAAUAAGAGCUCUAAAAAUAAGAAGAACUUAAAAAGUAAAAGUAAGUUGAACUUGAAAAAAAACGUUUAGAAGAAAUUGAAAAGUAGAAAUAAAUUGAGUUAGAAAAUCAAAGAUAGCAGGAGCUUGAAAAAUAAAAAUAAAUUGAACUUGAAAAACAAAGAUAGAUUGAACUAGAAAAAUAAAAAUAAAUUGAACUUGAAAAAUAAAAAUAAAUUGAACUUGAAAAAUAAAAAUAAAUUGAACUUGAAAAAAAAAGAUAAGAAGAACUUGAAAAGUAAAAACUUGAAGCAGAAAAGUAAAAAUAAUUAGAAAUUGAAAGACAAAGAUAAAUUGAACUAGAAAAGCAACAAUUAGAAGAAUAAGAAAAAAUAAAAUAAUAAUAAAAUACCAGUUAAAAUAAUGAGUUGAUUGAUAAAGAAUAGUCAUAAUAACAUGAAUAAAAAGAAUAAGAAAAGCAAAAGUAUUAACCUAACUUUUAGUGUCAAAUAAUAAAAAGAGUAAGCGAACACUACAAUCUAGGUAUCUAAUCAAAUGUGCUAGAUUAAGUUAUUGUACAUGCCAUUCCUAUUUGGAUAGAUGAAAAACACCCUCAUUUAAGAAGGAUAAUAAAUUUGUCUAAUAUUAGUGAGGGAAAAAUUAAAGAUAAUGUGGCAAUUUCUUUAAUUUAACAAAUUUAAAUUUCAUUUUCAAUCAACUCUGAAAAAAGAAAAAUUAAGUUUGCAAAAAGAUGGUCAACAAUAAUUGAUUAAAAAACAUUUGAAUGCAAUAUAAGAAAAGAUAGUUAAAAUUUUUAUUAUGUAGAAUUAGAUAAUAAAGAUAAUAUACCUUUAAUUACUUCUGUAGUUUAAAAAUCUUUAAAUUUUUCAAUUACUAAAGCUAUUGAUUAUGUUUGCUAAUAGGAAAAUUAGCACAAAGAGGAUAAAAAUAAUAGUUUAAAUGAUUAACAAUUAAAACUUCAAUAGUAGUAAUUGCAUUAGCAGCAGAUAUAAACACAAUAAAAACAAGAAGAAUAAGGUAUCCCAGAAGAUGAGCUUACAGUAGAGAAAGUUAAAUUUAUUUAAGGUGCAUUCAGAGAUAAGAAAGUUAAAGAUAAAGCUAAAGAAGAUAUGAUCAAAGCUACUUAAGAGUUCAAAUAAUAAUUAUAAAAUAGGAUUGUCUAAUUUGGAAGUCAUAAGCUUUUUUUACAGUGUUACAGAUAAAUUACACCUGAAAAAUAUAUAAUUUAAGUUGAUUCUCUCAAUCCUAAGUAAUUAAAAUUACCUAAAAUUAAUGAUCAAUAGGAAGUAGAAAAAGAUUUUAUUGAAAAAGUAAUGCAAUCUGAAAAUCCAUUUUUUGAGCAACUAAUUUAUCUCAAUGAAGAAAAAGGAAAAAUUUUCUUUUAGCAAAAUUAAUAAAAAUAAUAAUUAGAAAAUAAAGAUUUUAUCAAAAAAGAAGAUAGUUAAAAUGACAUAAAUAAUAAAUAAUCGAUGUAAAAUCAAAGUUAAUUUUCUUUUGACCAAAAAAAUCAGAAAGAAGAAUUAAAUGUAAAAGAUAAAACUUUAUCUGAAAACUCUUAUUUAGAAUCACUAAACCAAUCUGAAGUUUUUUCUGAAAAAUAAAAAUAAAAUUUAUCUGCUAAUGCUUAAAAAGUUUAAACUUAGCAAAAUCUUGAAAAAUAAAAUUAAUCUGAUUUGCAAAAAGAGAAAGAAGACAAAUCAAAAUAGCAAUAACAAGAAGACAAGGAUGAAUAUUAUGAUGAAGAUUUUAAAGAUGAAGAAGUUUUAUCAAGUCCAUAAAAUUUAAAGAAACAAGAUAAAAUAGAAGAAGAGCAAAAUGCUGAUUAUUCGUUUGAAAGUGUGGAGGACAAAGGGACAAAAGAGUAAAGUAAAAACUUAGAUUUAUCAAAUUAAGAGUUAAUUGAAUCUAAGUUAGUUGAGAAGAAGUAAGAAUUUACUGAAGAUCAAUAAGUAGCAGCUUUAAAAAUAUAAAAAAACUUCAAGUAGCUAAAAAGCAAUUAAGCAAAAGAAGUAAUCGUCAAGAAAUAAUUCUUUUCAUUAAGAUUAAAUGACGAUAAUGGAGACAUUUAACUUGUUUAAGGUGAAUGCCAUAUAACUUUAUAAAACAAGAGCUACUUUUUAAUAUUGCUAAAAAGUGAAUCUAUUGAUGAUCUUAAUCCUCAUAUGACAUAAUAGCAGAAAAUAGAAUUAGGGAAGUUAAAUAAAAAACAAAAGUAGCAACUCUUUUCAAAUUUUUCAACACUUGUUAAUUGCAAUAUUGGAUUUAAUCAAAAUCAUUUAGUUUUCGAAGACAUAAACAUGUUCAUAAAUCCUGAGUCUAUACACAUUUCUAAAAUCAUUUUCAGCUGA